AUGACGGCCCACCGCGCUGCAAACGGCCACAACGGCCACCCGACCGAGAGGAGCCCGCUCCUGGGCCAACGCCGCACCUCUGACGGCCUGCAGGUCCUGGCACCGCAGCCCGUGGGGGACGGUCCCGAGGACGACUAUGAGGGAGACAAUGGUGGUGGCUUUGAGGAUGACGGCGGGGAUCUGGAGAGGCAGGAGAGCAACAUCAGCGAGGCCGGGACGACGCUGAACAAGUACAAGGGCUUGCCCGAGGUCAAGAAGCGGAUGAAGUAUAUCCUGCCGGCCGUGGCUGUAGGGAUCUUCCUCUCCGCGGCGGACCAGACGAUCAUUGUGUCAAGUUACGGGCGCAUCGGCUCGGAUCUGGGGGCAUUGAACAACACUUCGUGGAUUGCAACUGCGUAUUUUCUGACCCUCACGUCGUUCCAGCCGCUGUACGGCAAGCUCUCGGACAUCUUCGGACGCAAGUCAUGCCUGCUCUUCGCGUACACCAUCUUCGGCAUCGGGUGCCUGGCGUGCGGGCUGGCGCGCAACAUGAACGAGCUGAUCGCGGCGCGGGCGUUCGCGGGCGUGGGCGGCGGCGGCAUGACGACGGUCGUGUCGAUCAUGAUGAGCGACAUCGUGACGCUGCGCGAGCGCGGCAAGUGGCAGGGCUACAUCAACAUCGUCUUCGCGACGGGCGCCGGCACGGGCGCGCCGCUGGGCGGCAUCCUGGCCGACCGCGUGGGCUGGCGCUGGGUGUUUUUGUUCCAGCCGCCGCUGUGCGUCGUCGCCAUCAUCGCCGUGUCGCUCGCCCUCAAGCUGCCCAAGCGCGACCACUCGCACUGGAAGGAGAAGCUGCGCCGCAUUGAUUUCCUCGGCGCCGUCAUCCUCAUCGCCGCCGUCUUCAUGCUGCUGCUCGGCCUCGACCGCGGCUCCAACGUCUCGUGGCGCGACCGCACGACGCUGGCCUCGCUGGGCGCGUCGGUGCCGCUGUUCCUGCUCUUCCUGCUCGUCGAGACGAAGGUGGCCAGCGACCCCUUCGCGCCCGGCCACAUCAUCUUCGAGCGGUCGCUGGUGGCGUGCUACGCGUGCAACUUCUUCUCGUUCGGCGGCUACAUGGCGGCGCUGUUCUACCUGCCGCUCUACUUCCAGGUCGUCGACGGCGCCUCGGCGACGCAGGCCGGCGUCCGCCUCAUCCCGGGCAUCAUCGCGGGCGUCACCGGCAGCCUGUUCGGCGGCUUCUACAUGCAGUGGACCGGCCGCUUCUACCGCCUCACCGUCGCCGCCUACGCCGGCCUCGUCGUCGGCGCCGCCGUCAUCUUCGUCUGCGCCGGCGGCGGCGCGCGUCUGCUGCCUCCCCAGUUCGCGCCUGUCAACUCGACUCUGGGUAUCGUGCUGGGCUUGUGCGUGUCCGGCUUCUCGAACGGCAUCGGCGUCACGACGAGCUUGAUCGGCCUCAUCUCCAACGCCGCCCACGCCGACCAGGCCGUCGCCACCGCCUGCUCGUACCUCUUCCGCAGCCUCGGCUCCGUCUUCGGCGUCUCGCUCGCCGCCACCUUGGUCAACCAGGAGUUGAGGGCCCGUCUGGCCGCGGCGUUGGGGAGCGGCGCCGAGGCGGCUGCCAUCGCGGAGCGUGUGCGUCAGAGUAUCGAGAGCAUCUGGGAGCUGCCGCCUGCCGUGGCCGAGGUCGUGAGGAGGUGCUAUGCGGAGAGUACGCGGAGCGCGUUUGGGUUGAUGAUUGCGCUUGUGGCGGGGGCGGCGGUGGGUGCGUGGUUUGUGAGGGAGAGGAGGUUGGGGGGGAAGUAG